AUGAAAGAGAUAAACAUAAACAGUGUGAAUCAUUCGGAGUUGCUGAGCGGUUGUCAGCCUCCGGUGCCGGUUCCUGUCGGCGUUACCAAGGUGAUGGAGGAUGGUGUCACCGGUGCGGUGCUGGACGGAAAGGGAAGCAAUCAGAUUCAAGCCCUGCUGGAACGCAACGAAAAUCCGCCCGAAGUUCUGGCUGGCGCCACGCUUCACCGUCCGAUGCGAACGUUUUCUCCAAUCAGUGGUGUUUCGAAAUUGUUAAAGAAUCUUUAUCUGUGCGGAGGAAGUGCUGCCUCGGUGGCAAUGAUGCAGCAACUCGGUGUGACCUUCGUGGUCAAUGCUACCACCGUCACUGAAUUGACUGAUACACCACUUCCGGCGGAAGACACACGCUAUCUAAGAAUUCCGGUGAAGGAUAACCGUGAGGCGAACCUGGAACGAUAUUUCCACGAGGUGGCGGACUUGAUCGAGGAGGAGUCCAAAGCUGGCGGAGUUGUGCUGGUGCAUUGCGUCGCUGGUAUCAGUCGGUCGGCAUCCCUCUGUCUGGCCUACCUGAUGAAAUAUCAUCGGAUGAGCUUAAAGGAUGCAUACAAUCACAUAAAAGACAAACGGCCCCAAAUUCGACCUAACGUGUCCUUCGUCAAGCAACUGAUGGACUUUGAGCAGAAGCUGUACGGUAUCCGCACCGUCACGAUGGUGUACUGUCACGCACUCGAUCAGGAGCUGCCGGACAUUUACGAGCCGGAGUUCCGCACGAUGGAAAUGUUGUACCAGAAGUUUCGACGAAACAUUGCACGGCGUUAG